CCUCAACAACAAAAACAAAUGUUAAAGCUUUUUGAAUGGCUUCGAAAUUUGACUCCUUUACAAAGAGAAAAAGUGCUUUGCUUCUUGGCUAUAGGUUUUAAGCGUUAUGCCGCUCAAUUUAUUAAUGGAUUAGAAGAGAGGCACACAAAUAGAAAAAAUCAUCGAAAUAUUCCAACUAAAAACAACAAUUUAUCAAUUUAUUUGGCCCUUCAAUUAAAGAAAAAUGCUUUUCUUUUUUCUUCUCAACAAAAAAUCUUGCCUCGUUCGCCUCCUUUUAAUUGUUCAAAAUGUGGAUUUUCUUCGAGAAGGUUACGCCCAGUUAUGAGACAUUUAUGUACUAGACGUGCUCAUGAAUAUAAAAAUGUUAUUCAUACAGCUACUUUGGGUUUUCGAAGUCGCUGCCGUGAUGCCUUGGCAAUUAUGGAACGUAUUCCCUACCCACAAAGAAUUAAAUAUUUGGAAAAUGAUGAAAAGGAAAAAGAAUUCUUUUUACUAGUUUCUAAUAAAUUAAAACAACCAAAAACGUUAAGAGAAAUUACCGGAAAUUUUGUUCACAAUUUAUUUGGCUUGGAUAACACUAAUUGCAUUUUUGUUGAAACAAAUUCAUUUUGGUGUCAGAGAAAAGAAUCUUCAUUAACAACUUCAAUGUCAGAAGAAGAGGUGGAAGAGGAGGGAAACGAAAAGGAAGAGGAUGAAGAAGAACAUAUUGGGGUUGAGGGAGGAAAGGAAAUGGAAGAAGAAAGGAGGGAGGAAGAGAAGGAAGGUAUAAAUGAAGAAAAGGAGGAAGAAAAAAUGAAAUUAGUAAAUGAAGAGGAAGGGAAGAAUGAAGAAAGGAAAGAAGAAAGGGAGGAAGACAAGAGGAAAGAAGCAAAAUUGGACAAAGAAAAAGAAAAACAACAAAAUCCUCAAACUUGUUCUGAUGGAAAUGCUUAUUUUUGUCGAAUGUGUGCUCAUCUGUUUGGUCAAAAAAGUGAUUGGAAUAGUCAUUUAUGCGCUAAUAAAUGUUUACAGAAUGAUAAAGAAAAAGAACCUUUGGAAAUUCAGGUAGACUUGGAAGAGCAAUUCCCCACUUCUGGUUCAUUUAUUCCUUCCUAUUCAAAACUUGAUUUUUUAAACAAAACAAAUUCUGAAUCAACAACAAUGUUUACUUCUGUCUGUACAAAAUGUUUUGAAACAAAUUUUGCUUCACGCUCAGAAUUUCAUGAACAUUUAUUUAAAUGUGCUCUUUCCGAUAGAUAG